AUGUCGAGCUCUGCAGAGCUGCAACGCGAACGCGAGGUGCAGGGUUACUUUCAGAGCUGGCAGAUAGCCCAGGGUUCCUCUCUCAAGGUCGCCAGAAGUGUCGACAGCAUCAGCGCGCCAUCUCAGAUCAAUGACGCACACACGCCUCAGCCCUCUUCCGACAAAGCGCUCUCGGCUUUUGCGCAACUCGCUGUCUUUCGUCUCAACGUGAAGCGUUGUAUGGUUUCACUCAUCGAUUCUUCUCAUCAAUACAUUCUCGCCGAAGCCACGCGAAAUCUGCGAUUGGGAUCACUCGAAGAAGAACCUGGUGCAAACAAGACCGACGACAAGAAAGACUCCAACAUAACCGAAUAUAACAGUGACUUGUGGUGUAGGUUGGACGAUCUCUAUAUGGGAACUUCCAUUCUCUCCCGCCCAGAAGCCGUUUGCGAACACUGCCUACACAAUACAUGCAUCGGUCGCGAUCCCGAUGGUAAAACAUACACGGCCUCUGGCCUUGUCGUUCCCGACUGUCGCCUCGAUGAUCGCUUCAAGUCGCGCGUGUAUGUCCAAUCCGAACCAGGUGUGCGCUUCUACGCUGGCGUACCCAUCUUCUCACGAAAAGGAUACAAGGUCGGAGCGUAUGCUGUUUCAGACGAACAACCACGCGAUGGACUAUCGAUCGAGGAUGUGAAGUUUAUGCAGAGUGUUGCGCAAGCUAUCACUGAACAUUUAGAAUGGGCACGCGACCGAGUUGACAGGUUUAAAGGCGAGCGCAUUGUUCGCGGACUGGCGACCUUCAUCGAAGGCUGCUCAAGUGACGACCCUAUCUUGUCGAAGGAGGAUCAACCUCAAAGGCCCUCGAUUAAACGUCCCCCAGGCAUGACUAUAACGGCAACGAGACGCUCCUCUCUGCACAACACCAUGCGCAAGGUCGAUCCUGACUCCAACCAACGAUCUCAGAAAGCUACGUCACCGCCUCGCAAGCAUAAGCCACAGACGGACGGUUUAUCAAGAAUGUACCAUCGCGCGGCCGAUAAUCUACGGUCUGCCAUCCUCGCUGAUGGAGUUGUGCUCUUCGGGGCCACAGCCUCCAACGUUCAACACCUGACCCGAGCGGCACAGAUAGAACAGGGUGAUGCCACUAACGCUGACGGACUGCCGACGCAAAUCGCUGCUGAGCCCAAUGCCCUCAGCACAGAGAGCUCCGACUCCGAGACAUCGCCGCUGUCAAGACCUUGCAAGCUUCUUGCUUACUCGUUGGCUGAUAAGGGCAAACCCUUGGACCUCGAGCGAGGUCCAUCCUUCUCUAUUGGAACUCUCGAGAAAUACUUUUCACUCUUUCCUAAAGGAAAGGCGUUUACGUUUACAGAAGAAGGGGCCGGUAUUUCAUCUGAUGACGAUAGUGCGAGCGAUGGUAGCCCUGCUCCCGCCGGGAGAAGUAAGCGGCGCAAAGAGAAGAUUGAUCACAAGGAACUCCUUAAGAAGAUUCCUGGGGCGAAAGCCGUUGUCUUCUUGCCAUUGUUUGACUAUGUCGAAGAUAAACUAGUUGGUGGGUGUUUCCUUUGGACGUCGGUGCCGGGUCGCAUGAUGAACUUGGAUGAGGACCUUUCCUACCUACGAGCUUUCGGCAAUAGCAUCACCAGUCAAGUCGGACGAAUAAAUACACGAAAGAAUGAAGCAGCAAAAACCACAUUCAUCGCCAGUAUGAGUCACGAGUUACGAAGUCCGCUACAUGGCAUCUUGGGCGCUGCUGAGUUCCUCAAAGACGCAGUAACCGACUCGUAUGAAGCCGGCCUCGUCAACUCGAUCGCGACUUGUGGCAAGACACUUCUCGAUACCUUGAAUCACGUGCUUGACUUCAGCAAAAUAAACAAUCUCGGCAGCGGGCAUUUAAGGAAGGGUGCAAAGCACAGCAAGGUCAUUAGCCUCUCUUCUGAUUCCAUGGAGAGCCUAAAUAUGACAGCUUCAGUAGACCUCUCCAUUCUUGUCGAGGAGGUUGUCGACGCCGUGGCAACUGGUCACAACUUCAAAAGGCUUCCCAAGAAGCAACAAGACGAUGCAAUAUUGGGUGGCAAGGUUAGCCAAGUAGCCCCAGAACCAGGAACCGAUCAUCCUGUAUCAAUCCUUCUGGAUAUUAGCCCGAGGGCAUCAUGGAUGGUCAAGACACAGCCUGGCGCCCUUCGAAGAAUUGUCAUGAAUCUGUUCGGUAACGCGCUCAAGUACACAGCGUUAGGCUUUGUACUUGUCUCGGUACGGGCGCAAGAGAUCAGCGGCGAUUCCAGAAUAGAUGUCUUGAUCCGAGUCACGGAUACCGGAAAAGGAAUGUCGGAGGACUUCCAACAGAACCGUCUCUUUGUUCCUUUUAGCCAGGAAGAUUCCUUCCAACCCGGCACCGGUCUAGGCCUGAGCAUCGUUAAACAGAUUGUGGAUUCACUUGGAGGAACGCUCGAGGUCAAGUCGGAACAGGAUAAGGGUACUGAGAUUGAAGUCCGACUCCGUCUCGAGCCGGUUCCUCAAGAGAGCCCGAAGCCGGAAGAGCCUAUGGCAUCUAUGGUUGAACAACUUCGGGGAAGGUCUUUGGUGCUCCUGGAAGCAAGCGAGGACUUCCAUUCGAAAACUAUUACUAAACAAGUUGAGGUGCGCAACGAAGCCUUGAUGGAAAUCUUCUCGAGUUGGUUCAACAUGAAGGCUGCAAGAGAGGUAGAUACAGAUGUACCCAAAGCCGAUUUCUAUCUCUAUUGUGAACCUCCGUCUGCAAAAACUCUCGAGAAGCGCUUUGAAGAGACUGCGAUAGACGGAGGUCGCAAUAAGAAAGCCCCCAUCAUCAUCAUCAGUCUGAACGAAGAGGAAGCGGCAAAGAUAUCGAGAGCUCAGACUAAGGCAUUAGCCAGAUUGUCAGAUGUGGUUGAAGUCAUUCCACAACCAUGUGGCCCUAGAAAGCUCGCCCAGGUAUUCAGCCGAUGCCUGAACAGGAUUGGGGAGGUCAGAGAAGAUGAUAACAACAGAAAUCCCAUCCGGAGUGCGCAGACAGAUGGCAAACAGCCAAACGAGCAGAACACUCCGGACAGAGAGGACGCAACAGAACAGAUGAACUCGAAAUUACAUCAAGAUAAAAACAACCAACGCGAUUGGGCUGAGACAACUACGUCGCCAUUACCUCGAGGAAAGGAAGAACAGAGCCACCCAAAAAACGACAGUCGGAAAAAUGGCCAAAAUAACGAAAAGAAGGAGAGUAAUGAUGAGUUCAGGAAGGAGGUGAACAAUAAGUCUUCGCAAAAUACACGAAAACAAAAGAAGCCAGAAAUGCCGGGCAAGGCACACGUCCUACUCGUCGACGACAACAAGAUCAACCUCAACCUCCUAACAAUGUUCAUGAAGAAGUGCGGCUUCUCCUACGAGGAAGCCGAGAACGGAGAAGAGGCCGUCGAUACGUUUAAAAAGUCGACAAUCGGCGAUGCAGAACCAGGAGCACCCGUCAAGAAGCGCUUCGACUACAUCCUGAUGGACAUAAGCAUGCCCGUCAUGAACGGCAUCGAGGCGACAAAGAGGAUCCGCAAGCUCGAGGCCGAGUACAAGGUUCCGCGGACGACGGUGUUUGCGCUGACGGGGCUGGCGAGCGCGGAUGCGAGGCUGGAUGCCAUGUCGGCGGGCGUGGACCUGUUUUUGCCCAAGCCGGUCAAGUUUGCCGAGUUGAAGACGAUGAUUGAAAAUAACUAG